AUGCGUCUUCUCAGAGUCGAUAAGCUCGCAGAUGCCGAGUUUAUUGACAAAAGACUGGCUACGGCUAUUUCCCACCAGUCGAUUUCGAGUGAGGCAAAUAAGCGCCCAGAUGUCGUGAAGAUGGAAAAGUUCCUGGAGGUAGAGCUGGGCAGUAAAUUCGGUGCCGAAGUGCAACCAUAUUGCACGGGCAAGCAAAAGAAAAAGCAGCCAACAGACCCAGACCUCGAUCUGCCGCCGAUUCUUGUUGCCUGGUACCCCCCGAGAAACAGCGCUUCAAAUGACAAGAAACCCCUUCUCAUCUACGGCCACUAUGAUGUUCAGCCAGAGUUGACCGGCCCUAAUGGGGAGCGACUAUAUGGACGGGGCUCUACUGAUGACAAGGGACCGGUUUUGGGAUGGCUAAAUGCACUUGAAGCCCACAAGAGUGCCGGUGUCGAAAUUUCUGUCAAUCUCAUCUUCUGCUUUGAAGGCAUGGAAGAGAGCUCGUCGGAGGGAUUCACUGCUUUUCUUGAGAAUAUGGCAAUGAUCUCUUUAAAGACGUGGACGGAGGUAGAACAGCUCACCGGAAAAGAGAAGGCACUGUACAAGAAAAUCUGUUUCAAGUUGAAGGAUUUCACCGACGCAAUCGGCGAUACGAAAGUGCCACUCUACCAGGACCCAAUUGACAUCAUGAUGCACCGGUGGAGAUAUCCAUCGCUCUCGAUCCACGGGAUCAACGGGGCGGAUGCAAGCGACGACCCAGGCACGGCAAUCCCGAACAAAGUGACAGGCGCGUUCUCCAUCAGAACCGUGCCGAAUAUGGAUAGCAAAACCGUCAAUGACACGGUGACAAACAUAGGGGUUUUCCCCGAACACGUUCCAUUCUGGAGGGCCAACUACGAGGAGCCCAAUUUCGCAGCGGCUGCCAAAGCCACCAACGAGCUUUACAAGACUGAUCCGGACUACUCCCGAGAGGGACUCCAGAGUCUUCUGGACAAAAAGAGUCUUCUGUUGCUCCCGAUGGGUGCGGCGGAUGACGGACCUCAUGGGCCCAACGAGAAAAUCGACAGAAGAAACGACAUCGAGGGAACGAAGCUGUUUGGUGCCUACUGGCACUUCUUUGCUGGGAGGAUUUUGCGGAGAUAUCGUCGUACCCCGUUUUCGCGCCGCAACUAUUGCCCAACUCAACAACCUGCACGGGAAUGGGGAAUCGAUGAGGUUCAGCUCAAGCUGUCAUGGUGA